AGCAAAUCAUCUCCUCCCCUCACUCCCCCCAUUCACAAAAAUCUCCUUUCAAAAAACACCAUCCUUUUUAUACGGCGCGCGUUAGCAUCUUCCAGCAGCGAACCGUCGCAAGCCUUCUCUAUGGCCGCUUCCUAUCGACCGCCGCCACCGUCAUCUAUUGAUCUCGACCUCACCGUCGUCUCAGCCAAGCAUCUAAAGAACGUCAACUGGCGAAACGGCGAUCUCAAACCCUACGCUGUCUUCUGGGUCGAUCCAGACCGCCGUCUCUCGACCCGUUCGGACGAUGCCGGAUCAACCCGACCGGUAUGGAACGAGCGUUUCACCCUUCCCCUUCCCUCCCCUCUACACGACGUCGUUUUAACCCUCGAGAUUUUUCACUCCAAGCCAUCGGAAACACCUAAGCCGUUAGUCGCCACUCUCCGUGUCGAACUCAAAGAAUUACCCGACCCGGAUGACCGUUCCAAGAUCCGAACCUUCCCUCUCCUCCGACCCUCGGGUCGUCCCCAGGGCAAGAUUCGGGUGAAACUCGGGAUUCGCGAACGUCCCCUUCCUCCACCGCCUGAUUACCAUUUUGCCCCUCCUAACUAUUAUUACACAAAUGUCCCUCCCCAUCCGCCAAGAUACUCCGGUUUGCCCUACGUUUCUCACCCUCCGCCGCCUCAAUCGCCUACGUACUCCGUCCCCGAUUCGUAUUCUCCCCAUUUCUCCAAUCACUACUAUCCUACUCCGCCGCCGCCCAUGCCUCCUCGUCCUUUCUUGGAGCGGUCUUACAGCUACACUGGUCCAUCAGCACCGUUAGAUUACUCUCCCUAUGAUCAGAGACCUAGAGGAGGCCCUAAAUUUGGGACCGGAUCAACUGUUGGAGCGGCUGCGGGGGCUUUAGGUGGAUUAUCAUUAGAAGAAGGAUUGAGAUACGAAGAAGAAAGGAAUCGUGGAAGAGUGGAGGACGACGUCGCAUCAAGGGACAGGGAUGAUUAUAGUGAUUACCGUCAUCCGGAUUAUUGAUUGCUUUUAUCUACAACGAUGCUGAUGGGGUAGUUGAACUUGUGGGUAAUAAAGGGUCAAAAUCAUAUUCAGCUAUGGCGGUUCAGAAAUGCUUCGGAUUAUCAUUACUUACCUGCCGGUGAUGCUGGAAAGGCAUUUUCAUGUCAUUUGUCUGUACCAAGGUUCAGUCUUGAAGGUUUAAUGGAGUAAAACUGAGCUGAACCAAUUUACUGCCCGUGGGACCUCAUUAGGGUAAGUCAAGUUAUGUUUUCUAUGAGAUAGAAGGGGUUACCGACCUCAUUAAGGCAUUUUUCAUUUUGUUACUCUGUAAGAUGAUUCCUCUGGAUGAUACUUGUUUGUGGUUAAUUAGAGUUGCCUGAUACCGUGAAUGCUUUGUUCGAUUA